CCGUCUCUAGUCACCUCCCACCUGAUGGUGGAGGCUGUCUCUAUGGCAACAGGCGGGGUUUGCCGGUGGAUGAUCAUCCACCAUCCUCCUCACUUGGCAUCGCUUCUCCAGAACGCUACAGUCCUGCGUCACACCCUGACUAGAAUGGAGGACAAGGACAAGAAAGGAAAUGAGGAGUACAUCGGAGAGAUUAAGGGCGGCCUGCGACCUUCGAUGAAGCUGGUGGUGAUGGGGAUUGUUGACAAGAAGCCCAAGAGCAUUGAGGUGGUGGUGUCAAGCGCACCUCUGCAAAAGGAAGCGGACGAAGACGACGAGCAGGAUAAGGCGCAGUCAGAAGGUGACGUGGGUCUCCAGCUGAAGGUCAGCUUCCUGGACAAAGCCGUCCAACGCAACGCCCGGCUGGCGGGAAAGUGGGGUCCCGCAGAAAACACGCUAUCCUUCUUCCCCUUCGCGCCCGGGGAGCCUUUUAAGCUGGAAAUUGUGUGCGAGCACCAGCAGUUCCGCAUCCUGGUGGACGGUCAGCCACUAUGCGGCUUUGCCCACCGUCUCCCGCAGCUCGCCAGUUUGACAGCGUUACGUGUCUUCGGGGAUGUGAGACUCACCAAGGUGGCCUAAAGGCACCAGCCAGAAAAACACGUAUUUCUGUUUAGAAUAGAUGAGAAAAGAUGAGUUUGGUCAAACAGUGUCACACUUUGUAAAAGACAAAGUGCCUUCACUCACACGCUGACUGAAUGUAGCUGUCAACGCUGUCUUACUAAGACUACACAAGAAUGUGAAAUGAAGACUACAAAAAAGGAUCAGAGCUUAAAAAAGAAAGAAAGGAAAAAAACAGGACCCACGAGAAUAAAAUCAUAAUAUUAAAUUGGAAAAGUUGGGAUAUUAUGAGAAAAAAAGUCAUAUUAUUAAAGGGGGAAAAGUUGCGAUACUAUAAUAAUACUGUAUGUAUAACAUAGUAUGUAUGUAUGGAUGCAGUAUGGCUAAAGUAGCUAAAUUAGCUGCUACGUACUUUACGUUGCUGUGUACCGCCUCCGUUAAUAUGAACAUAUAAAUUGGGAGCUCGGACAAAGUAUUAGUAUAAAGCCUUAUGUCAAAUGAUUAAGGAUUUUUUAUUUGUGAGAUCAAUCUAAAACACGUUCAGAGCUAUAUAAAGAAUGUCGAAGCUAAUUUAGCUAAAUUAGCCACACUGCAUCAAUGAAUAUUUAGGUAAUGAUACAUAAUACGACGACUUUAAUCUCAGAAUAAUACGACUUUUUUCUCGUAAUAUUGUGUUUUUAAUCUCGUAGUCUUACACUGUGACCUUAUUCUCAUAAUUUUACCAUUUUAAUCUCUGAAUUUAAUGACUUUAUUCUCGUAGUCCCAUUUUUUUCUUUGUUUGGCCCUAAUACUCUCUCGUAGAAGACAAACUUGGUACUAAUUGCAAUAUUAUUUUUUUCCUCUGAGGAUUUUUGAGCAAAUAAUGAGAUCUGUCCGGUGGCGGGUCUUCUUUUCAAACUCACACAAAUGGUUUAGCUAAUGAAAAUGUACAAUGGUGGCUUGAAUAAUAGUUUCGCUGGAUUCUUGUGAAUUUACAACCCCCGUUUCUUAUUAUAUAUUCCCAAAUUCAAGCAUUUUUCCUGUUAUAGUCCCAGUUUUAGAAUAGAUUGUCUUAAUUGCCAUUGCAUUUCCUCAUAUAUUUUUAUUCCAGUAAAAUAACCUUAUUUUUGUAAUUCUAUGUUUCAAUGUUAUUGUUGUAAUAUUUGACCGAUUGACACUUAUUAGUUUAGUAAUUUUAUUGUAUUAUAAAAUGUUAACUUUUCUGUUGAAAUUUUGUGCAAGUAAUGGCUUUUUCGCAUUAUAAUUUGACUUAAUUUGAAAUACCAACCCCCGCCCAUAUUUUCAAGUGCAAAAAGGUUAACAUUACCUUUUUAGAUGCCCAGCUCCCUAAGAUUUUGCUUGUUAUAACCAGAGGUGGGUAGUAAUGUGUUACUUGUAGUCCAUUACAUUUAGUUGAGUAACUUUUUGAGAAAAGUGUACUUCAAAGAGAAGUUUUACUAAGCCAUACUUUUUAAGUUUACUUGAGUAGAUUUGUGAAUAAAAAACACUACACUUACUCUGCUACUUUGGGCUACACAAGAGUCAUUACAUUUUUCCUCUUCAUUCUAUAUAUAUAUAUUUAUUUUUGAUAGCGAUGCUAAGAGUAGCGCUACUAAUUUCACCAAUGAGACCUCGCAAAAAUAAUCACAUGAAUCCAUUACACCAAUCAGAUGCAAGCUUGCCGUUCUAUUAACAUGCCAGCCUGUUCAAUCACGUGGCGUCUUUAAAAGCACCGUAAAAAAGGAAGUAUUUGACAUAGAGCGCUGCCUUCAACAUGUCUCGAAAGCGCGGAUUUAAACCUCUCUCUGGGUUUUUAUUUGGCACCGACUGACCACGUGAAAACUAGAGGGCACUCAAGCUCUUUGGACAAAUAAUGCUUCAUUUCUGUCUUUUUGUUUUUUUUUCCUCGCUGUAAUUCAAUGGUUUUUUUCUGUCUUUCUUUGGCUUAAUGUAGUUAUGCAAUGGGUAAUUGUACAGUAUAAUUAUAACAACAAUUCAUAUAGUUAAGUUUGUGCUGAAAGAAAAAAAAUACCAUUGUUUAAAAGAAACAAAAAUAAGCAGUUACUCACAAGGUUAUUCAUUACUUGAGCAUUCUUUUCACUGGUUACUUCUUUACUUUUACUUGAAUACAUUUUUUGGAUGACUACUUUUAUUUGAGUAAUAUUAUUAUGAAGUAAUGCUACUCUUACUUGAGAACAUUUUUUGGCUACUCAACCCACCUCUGAUUAUAGCUUCAAUUUUAAUCUCAUAUUUUGACUUAAUUCUGUCUUGCUAUAUUGCCAAUUGUAUUCUCUUAGUUAUUCAAUCAUAUAUUUUUUUCAAAUUCUAAUACUUUAUUUUCAUAUUUCUAUUUCAUUGUUGUAAUAAUGGACUUUUGUUUUUGGUCAUAUAGCCUAUUCUUUUUUUUUUCAAGUCUGUUUCGACUUCAUUUAAACAUACUUUUACAAAAUCAACACUUUAUUUGCUGAUAUUAUAUGAUUCUCAAAAAUGUGUUGUUUUUUUCUCCUCAGAAUAUUUCAAUACAUCAUCAAUAGGAAACACAGAGAAUUGCCGUCACUGGACUUUUCUUCAUUGUAAUAAUUGUACUUUGAAACUCACUGCAUUCGUGUCGCCUUAAAAAGGUCACGCCUUAAUGCUUUUCAUCUAAAGAAAGCACUUUUAUUUCCCUCUGUGUGACUUUACUUCCUUGGAAUAAAAUCGCCUUGAUUGUUA